GUAGCCCAGACUCCUUCAAGGACUACGACCUCAUCGUCACCAUGCUCCCUAAUGGCGGUGUCGUCCGCGAAGUCAUGUUGGGCAAGAACGGUAUCGCGCCAUCCCUCAAACCAAAUACAAUCAUCAUCGACAUAUCUUCCUCUUCACCCCUCUCCACCGUCCCCUCGGCAAAGACCUGGAAGCGCAGUCCCUGACCCUCCUUGAUGCACCUAUAACCCAAACCUACAUGCAUGCCACCGAUGCCGGUGAAUGCACGCUGAUGGUCGGUUCCUCAUUCCCGGACAUCUACCAGCGCGCCCUCCCUGUCCUCGAGUCCAUGGGCCGCUACAUCUUUCACAUGGGCCCCCUGGGAUCCGGUCAUGCUAUGAAGACGAUAAACAACUACGUCAUAGCGUCCGGCCUCUGCGCGCUUUACGAGUCCCUCGUCGCGGGUAAAAAAUGGGGUCUCGAACCACAGACCAUCGUCGACGUGCUGAAUGUCGGGACUGCAGUGAAUUUCUGCUCGCUGGAUACGGUGCGCAGGGACAUGCUUACGCGGGAGUUUCGCAGCGGGUUUGCGCUGGCGCUGUUGGUGAACGAUCUAGGGAUUACGCAGGAGUUUAUGCGCGAGGUGGGUUUUGAGACGGAGCUGCCUGGAGUGCUGAGGGGGCAUCUGAGGGACGCUUUGGGUGUUGUGGAAAAGUGUGCGGAUCACACGGAGGCGAUUAGGGGGUGGGAGAGGAGGGUGGGGUUGGAGUUGAAGAGGACAGUCAGGGUGGACAGGAUUCGGGAGGAAGAUUUUAGGCAUAGGCUUGAGGGUUUGAAUAGAAUUACCUGAAUGAUGUCAUCUUGAGCGAUUUAUGAGGGUACGCCAUGACCAACACUUACACAGACAUCUUGUUGUUGUCCUUGAGCAUUCGUGUGGUUGCGAAAGACAAAUGCACUGCAAUUUUAGCGGGGGGGGAGGAGCUGGACUGGGUACGCAUCAGCUACAUGAACUUGACGUUGGGUGUA